AUGGAUAAUGCACCUAAUGACGGUGUCGAAAUAUUCAUACGAUCACCACGUGCCACCGAGAUGGAUACCGACGAAGUUUUGGAAAAACUAGAGCGCUAUGGCAAUGAGCCCGUCCGGACAUAUCUUGAAUACCUCGUUUUGACGCGCGAAAGUGACCGUGCAGAGCAUCAUACACGGCUGGCAUGUAGUUAUGUUCGUGAUGUGAAACGUGAAAUUCAAAGUGCACAAGCCGGAGAAAUACAAAUUUUGAUUGAUAAAUUCAAGCAAUCAGUCAAUCCCAUGGAAAUAGGCGGGCAUGAUCAGACUUUUGUCGCUUAUUUAGGGCGUCAUCAACAAACGGAACUGGUUCGCAGACGCUUGCUCCUGAUACGACUGUUGCAACAAUCAUCACAGUAUGAUCCACCGACACUUUUUCAAGCUAUCUCAGAGGCUGGGCCUUUGAACAUCGAAAGGGUUAUCAUUUAUGGGAGGAUGAAAGAGCAUGAAGAAGCAUUGCGUAUUUUGAUACACGAGCUUGAAGACUUUGUUGGUGCGGAAACAUAUUGCGUAACCAAUGGACAGAGCACAGGCGCCGUCCCGGACAUUGCACCAGUGCACACGACGAUGAUCACACCAGCAAGAACAUCUUCUUUGAACCGCUUUGAAAAGACAGCAUCAUCAAAAAAGAAGAAAAAAGCAGGCAAAGAAGCUACGCCAUUAACGCAAGAAGAGUCUGCUCAGCAACUAAACGAACGUCGGCAGUUAUUCUCCAUGUUGUUAAAGACAUACUUGGCGAUCAAGGAGAGAGGUACUGCAAUUAAUUCCUGA